AUGGCAUGUUCUACCUCCGUUGGUCUUCAAUGGAAGUAUGAUGUGUUCCUUAGCUUCAGAGGCAAAGACACACGUCAUAAUUUUACCAGCCAUCUCUAUGAUGCUCUGUGCCGUAAACAAAUCAAAACCUUCAUAGAUGACGACCUUCAAAGAGGUGAACAAAUUACACCUGCACUAUUGAGAACAAUUGAAGAAUCAAGAAUUUCAGUAGUAAUAUUCUCAAAAAACUAUGCAUCUUCUCCGUGGUGUGUGGACGAACUGGUGAAGAUACUUGAAUGUAAGAGGAAAUAUGGGCAUAUUGUUUUACCAGUUUUCUAUCACGUAGACCCGUCUGAUGUUGAUGAACAGACAGGGAGUUUUGGAAAUGCAUUUGCUGAACUUGAAAAUAAUUUUAAGGGGAAGAUGGACAAGGUGUCAAGAUGGAAGGUCGAAUUGACUAGCGCAGCCAAUAUAUCAGGAUGGGAUUCGCAGGUCACUAGGUCUGACUCCAAUCUUGUCCGUGAAAUUGUGGAAUAUAUUUUGAAGAAAUUGAGUUAUACUUCAUCAAGUUAUUCAAAGGGCCUAAUUGGAAUAGAGUCACGCAUCAAACAAAUCAGAACAUUACUAUGCAUGGGUUUAUCAGAUGGAACUGGGAACGUUGAAGGGAUAUUCUUGGACUUGGACAUUGCCAAAAGGAGACAAAUUGAGUUAAGCUCCACUGCCUUUGAAAGGAUAUUUAAUCUUAGAUUGCUCAAGAUCUAUACUUCGGAACAUGGAAAUAACUGUAAAGUGCUCCUUCCUUGUGGCCUUGAGUCACUUUCUAAUGAGUUAAGGUAUCUCCAUUGGGAUGGAUACCCUUUAAGAUCUUUGCCAUCCAAUUUCAUUCCAGAGCACCUUGUCGAGCUUAAUCUAUCUUCUAGCAAGGUCGAACAACUUUGGAAAGGAGACCAGGAUCUUGUAAAUUUAUCUGAGGUCAACCUUAGCAGUUGUGUUCAUCUAACUGCAAUCCCAGACCUAUCAAAGGCUAAAAAUCUCAAGAGAUUGAACCUUCAAUUUUGUACCAGUCUGGAAGUGGUUCCCUUAUCUAUUCAAUUUUUAGAGAAGCUUGUUGAUUUGGAUCUGAGAGGCUGCACAAGCCUUAUGAGUCUUCCAAAUAACAUUAAUUCGAAAUAUCUCAAGGCUCUUAACCUUUCUGGCUGCUCAAAUCUCAAGAUGUACCCAGAGAUUACAGAGCAUGUGAUGUAUUUAAAUUUCAGUGAGACUGCGAUCAAAGAGCUUCCCCGAUCUAUUGGACGUCUGAUUAGACUCGUUGCGUUGAAUUUGAGGGACUGUAAACAACUUGGGAACCUUCCAGGCAACAUUUGUUUGUUGAAGUCUCUUGUUAUUGUUGAUCUCUCUGGCUGCUCAAAUGUCACCAAGUUUCCAAACAUACCAGAGAAUACAAGGUAUUUAUACUUGAGUGGAACUGCAGUAGAAGAAAUUCCAUCUUCAAUUGGUCGUCUCUGGACAAUCUCUUUGUUGGAUCUGUCCAACUGCGAAAGGCUCAAGAAUCUUCCAAGUACCAUUUAUAAGUUGGCAUAUCUUGAGAAACUUAAUCUCUCUGGCUGCUCCAGCAUCGCUGAGUUUCCAAAUGUUUCGUGGAAUAUAAAAGAGCUGUAUUUGGAUGGGACAGCAAUAGAAGAAAUUCCAUCAUCAAUUGAGUGUUUUUCCAACCUUGUGGAAUUGCAUCUACGGAACUGUACAAGAUUUGAGAUUCUUCCAGGGAAUAUCUGUAAGUUGAAAUCUCUGCAAAAGCUCAACCUCUCAGGUUGCUCCCAAUUUAAGAGAUUCCCUGAAAUUUCACAGACAAUGGAAUCUUUGAGAUAUCUUUAUUUGGACAGAACAGGCAUAACAAAUUUACCCUCGCCAAUUAGAAAUCUAAAGGGGCUUAGUUGCUUGGAAUUGGGAAAUUGUAAUUAUCUAGAAGGAAAAUAUCUUGGUAACUUGCAAUUGCUCAAGGAGGAUGUGGAUUUAAAAUAUCUGCGCAAGCUAAAUCUAAGUGGUUGUGGAAUACUGGAAGUGCCUGACAGUUUUUGCUGCUUAACCUCUCUGGAAGCAUUGGAUCUGAGUAGAAACAAAUUUGUUAGUCUGCCUUUAAAAAUCAGUAAACUCAGUGAGUUGCAGUACCUUGACUUAAGGUAUUGCGUGAGGCUUGUGUCAUUACCAAAACUUCCACCACUGCUUGCAAAACUAGAUGCACAUAAUUGCACAUCUCUGACAGUAGUACCAAGAUCAUCAACUAUAGUUGAUGGAAACAUUUUUGAAUUUGUUUUUACUAAUUGUUUCAAGUUGGGCGGGAUUGCAAAAACCAAUAUCAUGGCAUACUCACUCUUGAAAAUUCAGCGAUAUGUCAAAAGACUUUACAGUGAGAUUUUAUCUGUAGCGGUUGGGGUAUCUAGUUUUUGCUUCCCUGGAUGCAUACUUCCAUCGUGGUUUGUCUGUCAGAAUUCAGCAGCUUCAGUGACAAUUCAGCUGCCUUCACAUUGUGCUAGUAGUGAGUUAUUGGGUUUCAUGCUGUGCACUGUUGUUGCAUUUGAACCCUCUUACAAUGACUCUGGUGGAUUCCAAAUUAAAUGUACAUACCAUUUUAAGAAUGACCGUGCUGAUUUCUAUGGUCUCCAUUGCUACUUCGCCAGUUGCUAUGGCUCAUUGCACAAGCGAUUUAUCAAGUCAGAUCACCUAUUUUUCGGGUAUGAUCCCUGUUUGAAUGCAACAAAAGAUUAUUGGUAUGGUAAAUACAGUGAGGUUUUAGUUGAAUUCUCCGUGGAAGAUAUGGACAACAAUCCCUUACAUUGUUGUCAUGUGAGCAAGUGUGGGGUUCGCCUGCUAUACCCCCAAGUUGAGAACUAUUGUGAUUUUUUCUUGCCAUGCCAUGAGGUGUCUGCGGCAACUUUUGUGGAUUUCAGACAGUUGUUAGAACAAAUGAUGAAUGCUGAUUGGGGCAAAACCAAAAGAUGCCGUGAAUACAAGUGGGACAAUGAGGCAGAACCCAGUGGGAGUGGCUUCAAGAGUGGUGCAGAAUCCAGCACAAAUGACUUGGAGGAUGAUGGAGGAGACCCUAAAAGGCGCAGUGGACAUGUGUCUUUUGAUGUGAGAGUCAAGAAUAUGGCGAAACCAUUGCCUAGAUAUGCAGUAAAAAGUAAGUACUCUCCAUCAAUGGUCGCUGCCUCAGCAGUUUAUGUUGCCCUCUGCACCUUACACCAGAAGCCUAAUUGGAGCAAGACAUUAAAACUUUACACAGGCUAUUCAAAGGAACAGCUAAGGGAUUGUAUUUGGCUAGUUGAGGAACUGCAUAAGAUGCCAUAUAUGGAAAGGCAUGCCGGAGGCAAUUCAUGGAAAGUAUUCGGUUCCCGCUAG